CGCGAAGACCGAUCAAAUAAGAGAAAAGUAAAAAACGACACAUCGUCUAGAAGGGGGUAACAAAAUCAAAACCAUUUCAAAAUAUCAAAUGCCGAAGCUCACAGGCAUUCGCAUUCUACUCCAAAAACCAAGAGAUCAUAUAUUUUCGGAACUUUCUCGGGAAAAUCGCGACAAUUUUCUCGAGAAAAUCAAAGUUUUCUCUUUCAAAGUCAUAAUUUCUUUUUUUUUUUUUUAUGAUGGAAUUAUCAAAAUUUGGAGCUCUGUUUGUGUUAGUCGCAUUAGUUUGGAUUCAAUCUGGAGCUUCGCUUCGAUCGCAGAGAACUGAACAGGCUUACGUGACGCUAUUGUAUGGAGAUGAAUUCCUGUUGGGAGUUAGGGUGUUGGGGAAGUCGAUUAGAGACACUGGAUCGAAUAAGGACAUGGUGGUUUUGGUCUCUGAUGGUGUCUCUGAUUACGCCAUGAAGCUUCUUGAGGCUGACGGGUGGAUAGUGGAGAAGAUUAGCUUGUUGGCAAACCCUAAUCAAGUGCGGCCAAAGAGGUUUUGGGGUGUAUACACCAAGCUUAAAAUCUUUAAUAUGACUAGCUAUAAGAAAGUUGUAUAUCUAGAUGCGGAUACUAUUGUGAUUAAAAGUAUUGAGGAUCUAUUUAAAUGUGGAAAGUUCUGUGCUAACCUGAAGCAUUCUGAGAGAUUGAAUUCAGGAGUUAUGGUAGUGGAGCCAUCUCAAUCAGUUUUCAAUGACAUGAUGACUAAAGUGAACACUUUGCACUCUUACACUGGAGGAGAUCAGGGGUUUCUGAACUCAUAUUACUCCGACUUUCCCAAUGCACAUGUUUUCCAGCCUAAUUUACCCCAGGAAGUGUUGAAUUCUAGACCUGUACCAGCUAUGGAGCGACUCUCUACUCUAUAUAAUGCAGAUGUUGGUCUCUACAUGCUUGCUAACAAGUGGAUGGUAAAUGAGUCUGAACUACAUGUUAUUCACUAUACACUUGGCCCCCUUAAGCCAUGGGAUUGGUGGACAUCCUGGCUUUUAAAACCUGUUGAUGUCUGGCAGACUGCCAGGGAACAACUUGAUGAAUCUCUUCCUGGGACUGGAGGUGGCAGAAAUCCUAAUGAUGAACUGCUUGUCAAGUUUCUUUUUAUGUUGCCAUUAUGUGCUGUAUUCUUCAGUUGCUAUCGAUCAUUUCUUCAGACACGGGCAUUUUGCAGAAGUUCAUUAUGUGAUCAUAUGAGACACCUCUACUACAGAAUUAGAUCUAAUGGAUAUGCUGGUGUUUCUUCAUCAUCUACCUUCAGUUCAGCCAAUCAUUUCUCUAAUGAUGCGCAGUCAAAGGUGCCUGCCUGUUUGGGUGGUCUUUCCAUCUGUGUGUGUUUUAUGGCUGCUUUGGUGUCUCUUGCAUGUAGCCUUGCAAUUGUGCCUAGACAAGUGAUGCCUUGGACUGGUUUGCUCUUAAUGUAUGAGUGGACAUUCACGAUCUUCUUCCUUUUAUUUGGAGGUUUUCUUCGUUUGACCUAUAUUUGGGGAAAGAUGACAGCUGCUCAAGUAUCUCUUCCCUCACUUCCUGAAUCUCUUGAUUGUGAUUCUGGAAAAGGCCAUCUACGGCAAGGAUCAUCUUGUGAUGUUGCUGCUUGGUAUUAUGGGUUAGGAAUGGCAUUUCUGGCUGUUGCUGCCCCAGCUUUGCCAUGUAUUUUUGGGAUUACUGCUCUUUUUUUGAGGUUAGGCUUGGUGGCUGCUGGAGGCAUUGUUUUGGCAUCUUUCAUGACGUAUGCUUCUGAGCACCUUGGAAUCAGAUCAUUUUUGAAAGGUUUUGAAGAUAGGGACAUAACACGAGCAAGGAGUAUAUGUGUCUGAAGCCGACUGGCAUCUUAAAGAUGAUGAAUGUUGGUGUACUUGUAAUUUAUGCAACAUUAAUUAAUUGAUUGAGAUUGUCAGAUUAGAGAAAUGCCUUUAUUCGAAGGGGGGUUUUUGUUGUAAUAUUGAACAUGUUUGAUCACAGUUUUAAGUACAAUGCUUCAUUCAA